AUGGAGCCCACUGCCUGUGACUGCAUGCGAUGCCCUCCAGAUCCCUCCCCGCGCUGGGGCUGCCGAGCGGACGCAGCCCCAGCUGCGGGGCUCAGUGCCCCGGCACCCUGCUCCUUCCGCUCAAAAGCAGACUUUGCUCCGUACUGCGAUUUCGCUGCCUCCUGCCUGGCGGCAGCUCCCCACAGCUGCCCGCGGGAGCAGCAGCACCGCUGCCAGCGGCGCGCCGGCUGGCCCCCGGCCGCCCCCGAGGCCAGGCACUGCCUUGGGCCGGCGCUGCUGGCGGAGCCCCAGGGUGACAGCCGCAACCUGCUGGGUGCCGCCACUGCCGCUCGUGGCGGCUGUGAGCUGCUGGGAAACACUGCAAACAGCACUGAGAAAAAGGCAUCCAGAGGGAAAAAGGAAAACUCAGAAAAUCAGAACUUGAGCAACAAGGCAGAACCAAGCAGCAAAUCACGGAAGGAAAGGACAGCUUUCACCAAGGAGCAGCUACAGGAGCUGGAAGCUGAAUUUGCCCACCAUAAUUACUUGACAAGGCUCAGGAGAUACGAGAUAGCUGUGAACCUGGAUCUCACAGAGAGACAAGUCAAAGUAUGGUUUCAAAACAGAAGAAUGAAGUGGAAGCGGGUUAAAGGCGGGCAGCCAGUGUCCCCCCAGGACCAUGACACAGAAGAUGUGGACUUUGCUGCCUCACCUAGCUCUGAAUAG